GGCUUAAAAGAACUAUACCCAUCUGUACAAAAAAGAAAAUUUUGAGGUGUAGUAUAUGGCACCAAAGGUCAUGGUUACAGUCUGUGGGAGACGUAUAACUGUUGCUUGAAACUCUGGUUAGCCUGAAAUAGAAAUUGGGGCUUCCAUUUGUUAGAGAUUCCUUAAUCCAUAGUGAUGGAGAAGACUGAUAGAUUUUGUAAUCUUGCUGCUGUGAUGUUCUCCUGGACGCCCUGAGAAGAGGACGUGCAGCCACCUUGAUUACUGAGACACAGGAAUGAGAGUGGCAUUUCAUGAUCAGUAAUAACUUCUUUGAAAAGUAACAGAUAAAUUGAGAAUUAAUGAUCAUUUUUUAGCAUUUAUGCUAUAUUUGUUUGUAGUGAUUAGAUUUGAGGCAUCACAGAAUUUGGGAUGCAUUUGUUUUCAAAUUAAAGACAAGAAGUCAAAGACUAAGAGGAGUUGGAGGAAGAUGGGUGUGAGAAACACUGAAAAGGAAGGAGAGGUAGAAAAAGGAAAUGGAAAAGGUAGAAAAAGGAAAUGGAAAAGGUUGAAUGCAAAAGAGAGGAGACAGGUCCAUGUUGAAUGGCUGAACCUAAUAGGAAUGGCAUAAGAAAAAGAGAUUGUAUGUAGAUAAAAUAGACAGAAGGAGAUUUUGUCUACAUGCUUAAUAUCUUUUAUUAUUUCAACUAUUAUGUCAUUAUGUCAUGCAGAAGAAAUCAGUUAAAACAGUUGCUGGUGUAGACCCAGUUUAGGCAUUGAGACAUACAAACUUCCCUGGAACUAGAUCACUUGGCUUCUUCUGGAUCGGGGGUGGGGAUUGUGAAUGUGGCCAAUCAGAAUGAAAGCAGGUUGACCAGAAGCCAAUAGGAAGUAAGCAUGAAAAUUGCUCUUGGCAUGAUAGCAGUUGGUGAUGUUGUUCCUGGCAAACAGACACAGAGCUGAAUAUCGUUCUUUGGGACUUUGAGAGCUUUUAUCUUGAUUUCAACUCUGAAUCAGCUUAGGUUUGGAAGAAUGUGCCUCUGAUCUGCAGGUCAGUCUGCUGUAGUGAGAGUGUCAGUAAUAACAUGUACGAGUCCACCAAGUAAGAUCUGGGAAAGCCGUGGCAAAAAUGAAUUCUUCCUUCUGGUCACAGAAAGAUGUUAACAGACCCGAUUUACUCUGUGGGAGGUCAGCUGACUACCUUGUCAAAAAGGAACAUUUCCCCAUGCUUGUGUGUUCCAUUAUUGUCUUGGGAGGGUUUUUGAGGAUAUGUUUAAAGAAUUCAGAAGUCAUUGUCUUGACGAUUCUUUCUCUAUCAGGAUUUGUGAUAGGACAACUGGCCUACCAUUUGGUUGAGGUGCACCAAAUUGUCUACCCUCUUCUAAGAACACCAAGCUUUUCACUUUUUUCUUAUUUUUUGCCUAUAAUUAUAUUUAUGGCUGCCCUUGAAGUGGACUUUUAUAUACUCAAGAAUAUAAUUUGGCAGGUCUUGCUAACUGGGUUAAUCAGCUUUUCUACAGCAUUCAUCAUAAUUGGCUAUGUGGUCCUGAAAUUCAAUGUCGAUUCGUGGGAUCUGCAGUCUUGCCUCCUGUUUAGCAUCAUCCUGGGAAUUACAGACCCUCUUCACUCCGUGAACUCCCUGAGAACCAUCGGAGUCUCUAAAAUGUAUACUGAUAUCAUUAGAGGAGAAUCACUGGUCAUUUGUGGUUUCACAGCCAUUUUUUUUGGAAUUUUUCGGAGCAGCCCAAUGCACAUUACUCUGUUUAGAGAGUUGCACGUAGUCAUGGGACUCAUCUUGGACAUCUUUGGAAGUACAAUAUGUGGAUACUGGUGUUCAAGAAUCAUCCAGUUCAUAUUGACUGACCUUUUUAGCAAUACGCUGACUAACGUCAUUCUUUGCUUUUCAAUGGUGUACAUGACUUUCUUCGUUGUGGAAUUUUUCGGAAUGUCAGGCAUUGUUGCUUUAAUCACUGUUGGACUGAAUUUGGAUUCCUUAAGCUUUAAACCAAAGAUGGAGUUCGUAAUUACUAAGUUCUUGGUGAUGCUGUCAUCUGUCUACCAGCAUUUAAUAUACACUUUCUUUGGCAUCGUGAUUGGAUGUGGAGAAACAAAACAUUUUGGUUUUCACACUGUGGCUUUUAUGUCCAUCUUAUUUGCAACAGUAAACUUUGUAAGGUUGCUUACUGUUUUUCUAGUGAGCCCUAUUUUGGUGUACUGGAGUUAUGAAUACAACUGGCGAUGGGGAGUUGUUAUCACGUGGUCUGGAAUUAAAGGCGUCUUCAGCAUACUCCUGGCUCCCGAUGUUUAUAAUCUGGCUGAAAAGAAAGUGGAGGCACCACACAUGUUUGUAUUCUAUGUACAAGUAAUAUCGUUAUUGACGAUGGGCAUAAAUUCAUACAUGAUGAGUCAGUGCGCCAGGACAUUAGGUCUGUGUGCUAUCUCCCUCCCGAGACAGAUGGCCAUGCAGAAUGCCUUUCAGCACAUACAGGACAUCAUUCAGAACACAAUCACUCUGUUUAAAACAGAAAAAAUUUUGACAAGUGUUAACUGGGUCUUAGUGGAAGAAAAAACAAGGAUGGAAUACGUGACUCCCUCUGAUAAUGAUCAGUUUUCCCGUGUUUCGAAAGAUGGAAAAGAGCGAGAGGAGUCUCCAACAGAUGAAGUUCUGAUAGAAGAAGCCAGGUUGCAUGUAGCCAUAAUACAAAUGAGUAGCUUUGAAAAACAGUGUAAUGAUGGGAUCCUUGGAACAGAGGCGGCCCGGAUAUUAAUUGGUGCAACGAAAAGCUACUGUCCCAUCCAAGGAAAAUUCAUGAGUAUUUAUGAUGUUUCAACUUAUGUAAGAGCUAGAAGUUGGCUUAUGAAGUUUAAAAACAUGUUAACCUACUUGGAAUAUCACAAAGAAAGGACACCAUAUUUUCUACCUGGGAGUAAUAAAUUCCUGAUUUUUGUAUAUCACAUUGUAUUUUCGGAAGAAUUUGAAUAUGCAGGACAUAUUGUAACAUUAAUGUAUAUGUACCCUCUAAUAAUACAUCUGUGGCCAAUGGCAAGAGAGUUAAAUGUAUCAGCACUGAUGUCAUUAAACUACUAUUAUAUGUUUUUAUAUAUAUUAGAGUCUUCACUGAAGAUAAUAAUUAUGAAAAAGAAAUAUUUUAAACAACAUUGGAAUAUUCUGGAAUUCCUCAUCAUAGUUGUUGGAAUUGCAGAUAUAAUUUGUAUAUACUUUGUCAGACUGAGACCAGACAAUUUGCUUCUUAUUCAGUUUACAGUAAUGAUAGGAUUUUUAAGAAUAAUUAGAUUUCUACCUAUCUUCAAGGUAAUAAUACCAGUGCUGAUAAAGAUAGCAGAAGUGCAGGUCAAGAAGCGCCUCAGUCUGAUGUAUAAUAUUACAAAAGGAUAUGUCAAAAGUCAGGAAGAUGCCAAACUUCUAGUAAAACAAAUUUCUGGCCGCGAAUCUAUAUACCAGAAAUUAUAUGAAAUUUUGGAAACCAACAAACGAGAUGCUGUGAAAGAACUAGGACUCAUAGAGCAUGAAGGUCGUGAUGUUGUCAUUGCUUUGAAGACUAAGCAGGCAAUUCGGAAUGUGAUUGCUAAGGCUCUGAAGAAUCUCACCUUUCUUUGGUCAAGAGGCAUUAUCGAUAAACACGAGGGUAUCGAGAUGAAUAAGGUCCUUCUUACAAAAAUAAAAGCACUGAAUAACUUUCCAAUGGCAAUCCCACCCCCUACUCCUGACAAAUACCUUCCUAACAUCAUUUGGUUGGAAAAUAAAGAUGUUCUCAUUGAGUUCUUCAAGGAAAGAACCAAACUUGCGUAUUUUGACUACGGAGAUGUCAUCUGCAGAGAAGGUGAAAUGCCGCAAGGAAUCUACUUAAUUAUUUCAGGAAUGGCAAGUCUGCACAGUUCAUCUCCUACCUUUGGAAUAGACAGUAGCCUGAGGCCUGAUAGGGAGUCCAAAACCCUGUUUACCGAGUACUGUACCAGUGGGGAUGUGCUGGGAGAGCUGAGCUGUCUGCUGAAGCGUGAAAUUGAAUAUACUGCCAUCUGCGAAACGAUUUUACAGGCCUUUUUCAUCUCCCUGGAGGAUUUAUAUGAAGGCUUUGAUGUCUUCUGGCCAUCCCUGGAAUAUAAAAUAUGGCUAAAGCUUGCUCUUGAUACUGCCUGUCAGUAUUUUGAAUCAAGUCUGGUGGAUGAGGACUUGAAGUUUCAGAAGUGUGUGCUGCACAAUCAUGCAUAUGUGGAGACUUUAUCGAGCUAUAAUGAACUGGCUAUCAAUAACGUGACCAUGAAAUUUGUUAUUAUUGUGUAUGGCAGUGUAAUCAAUACUAAGACAGAGGAGCCAUAUUUCGCACCUUACAUCAUACCAAAAACCUGUGAGCAGGUUCAGGGAACUUCAGAUUUAAGCAAAGUGCUGAUAAUCCUGGCAUCUGAUCCUGACAAAAAUGAAAAUGACUCCAAAUUCAGGGCUUCAGCCAACACUGGUCUUCGAAUGACAAGGGAGAGAAAGUAACUGCAAGAGGAAAUAUGAGUUGGAAACUGGAUAUCACUUUUGAAAAGAGGAUUAAUCAUACUAAUAUGACAUGUGGAGUCAAGUUUAAGAACGGAUUAACAUCCUGGCUCAAAUGCUGAAGGAUUAUCUGGCAAGGAGUUUACUUAGAAGCUGUUGGAACAUUUAUUGCUGCAUGUAUUUUACAACUAAUAGAUAAAUGGCCGUAAAAAAACUGAUUUUUUUUUUACCAGUUGCAUUAUACUUGAAGUGUUCAAAAGUUCUUGAAGAUAACGUAAGGUGCCCCAAAAUUUAUGGCCUACCAAAAGACACGCUAUUUCUAUAGAGAGCAAGUUAUCUAAGAGUACGUUAUCAAAUGUGUUGACGAUGAAAAUAUUACUGUCUAAAGUACAAGAUAUGUGACUUUUAUUUGUGAAAUGGCUAUAAUUACUCCCUCCCUCAUAUCUUUCCGAGUAUAGUUAUUCUUCCAGCCCAAUUUACUAAAUAUUGAAGGAUAGAACUAUGUUCCAUAAUUUGAGUUACUGAAAGCAAAGUUUAGGAAAAAUUAACAUUCUUACAUCCUACAGUGCUUUUUAAAAAAAGUUAAAUAACAUUGAAUUUUAUGGCUUAUUCAGCUUAAAAUCAUUUAUUCUUUCAUUUCAAUAAGGCUUUGAAAGAAUACUCAUGCUUUAAGGAAACACUGUACCAGAGGUAAGAGCAUGAGGAGAGGCCGUCGUGGCAUCACAGGCAUCUUGUACCGGAGCGCCAGAUUGAGUUCUGGCUGCUCUGCUUCUCAUCUAGCUCCCAGUUACUGUCCUUGAGGCCGAGGAAAAUGGCCCAAGUCCAUGGGCCCCUGCCACCCACCCAGUAUGGGAGACCCUGGUGGAGUUCCAGGCUCCUGGCUUCAGCCUGGCCCACCCUCAGCCUCUGCAAGCAUUUGGGGAGUGAACCAACGUGCAUGCCUGGGGCUUAGGGCCCGGGACAAACAGGUUUGGGUUCCAACAGAUCUGAGAAGAACUUGGAGCCGUUUGUGGAUUUGUAUCUCCUUUCCUCAGCGGUGGUGAGGAAUGCACAAGGAACAGCCAUUUGCCCACAACGGUGGCGGGGCCACAGGAGAGAUCUGCCUUUGUGUCCACGGUGGUGGCUGGACACACAUCCACAGAUAGCCACGUACACCCACACACCCGCAGGCAGCUGUGCCUGGCACGCCCCUAGUCCCCUAGAUGGAGAUGUGGGCGCACAGAGAGAUAAGGGCGGAAGGGCUUAAAGGUGUGGGAACUUGCUAUCUUCACCUUCCCAUUCAACCCCUCUACACAGUGGAUGGCACUCUCCGUGCUUCUCCCUUUCUCUGCCUUUCAAAUAAGUAAAUCUUUAAAAAAAGAAUAGAAGUCAAGCUUCAAGUAUUUACUAGGAACUCUGUGGAUAAGCAGCUUAUUAGGGCAGUAGUCUCAGAGCGGUCCUUGGAGCACAAGCAUCAGCCAUGGCUGCUCACUGCAGGAAUGUGAUGCCAGUGCCAUAGACAUAGGGCUUUGUUCUUUCAAGGUUUAUUUUUUUGCAAGAGCAACAGAGAAAGGGAUAAAGAGGGGUCUUCCAUCUGCUGGUUCACUCCACAAAUGGCCACAUUGGCCAGGGCUGGACCAGGCUUAAGCCAGGAGCCGGAAGCUUCUUCUGGGUCUCCCACAUGGGUGCAGGGGCCCCAACACUGGGGCCAUCCUCCACUGCUUUUCCCAGGCCAUUAGCAGGGAGGUCAUAGUGGAGCAGCCAGGACUUGAAUUGCACCCAGGUGGGGUGAAGGCAUUGCAGGUGGUGGCUUAACCCACUACACCACAAUGAGAGCCCCUAAUUUUUCUUAUGUAAAAAGUUGUCUGGGAUAGGCUUAAGGCCCAUUAGGCCCAUUCUUCUAUUUUUUUAAGAUGUACUUAUUUAUUUGAAAGUCAGAGUAACACAGAGAGAGGAGAGGCAGAGAGAGAGGUCCUCCAUCUGAUGGUUCAUUCCCCAGAUGGCUGCAAUGGCCGGAGCUUUGCCGAUCUGAAGCCAGGAGCUUCUUCCAGGUCUCCCACACGGUGCAGGGGCCUGGGCCAUCUUCUGCUUUCCCAGGCCAUAGCAUAGAGCCAGAUGGGAAGUGGAGCAGCCAGGUCUCGAACUGGCACUCACAUGGGAUGCCAGAGCUGCAGGCCAGGGCGUUAACCCACUGAGCCACAGUGCCUGCCCCAAGGCCCAUUCUUUUAAACACAAAACAAAACUGUACUUGAGGCACAAGGUAGCAGUUUACAGUUUUAUUGAUUUAUCUGAAAGGCAGAGAGACAGAGAGACUUUCCAUCGUUGGUUUACUCCCCAGAUGCCUACAACAGUCAGGGCUGGGCCAAGUCAAAGACAGGAACACAGAGCCUAAUCGGGUCUCCCACACAGGUGGCAAG